AUGGGUCAAGGAGUGCAGCACAAGAACUUCACCAGCGGAGGAGAAAGCGUUGACAGCCCAGCAUGUUUACUGGACAAAAUGUAUGUGUUUACUUACUAUGUGUUUACUUUUUUAGUGGGAUAUUCUGUGGUUGCUCUUAAUCAUGUCAUCGAUUUUAAAGAAAAGAAACAGGAAAUCAUCAAGCCAGUAUCUCCUUCAGAGUUGUUUCCAUCUUUGCCUAUUGUACAAAGAAACACAGGGACAUCUAAAAGAAUUAAAGUCUUAACCCGGCUAACACUUGUUGUUUCUGAUCCUUCCCACUGUAAUCUCUUGAGAUCAACAUCUGCAAAUAUAAGGUUAUAUGACAUUAUAGCAGUAUUUCCGAAGACUGAGAAACUGUUCCAUAUUGCUUGCACAACUCUAGAUGUGGAUCUGGUAUGCAUAAAUGUGACAGAAAAGCUGCCAUUCUACUUCCGAAGGCCCCCUGUGAAUAUGGCAAUAGAUCGAGGCAUUUACUUUGAACUUCUUUACACGCCUGCCAUCAAAGACUCCACAAUGAGAAGAUACACAAUUUCAAAUGCGAUCAGUCUGAUGCAGAUCUGCAAAGGAAAGAACAUUGUUAUAUCUAGUGCAGCUGAAAGGCCUCUAGAACUACGAGGUCCUUACGACGUGGCUAAUCUAGGUUUGCUGUUUGGCCUGUCAGAAAGUGAAGCCAAGGCAGCCGUGUCUACCAACUGCAGAGCGACCGUGCUUCAUGGAGAAACUCGGAAGAGUGCCUGUGGGGUAGUGUACACAGUGAAGAAGCCUCGCAAGGUUGAGGAGGAAGAAACAACACUGCCAGCCUGCAAAAAAGCUAAGACUGAAGCUUGAGGACUGAACCAAUUGUCAACAGGAGCCUCCAUCCCAUCUUUACUAAAGUGUUGAAUCUUCCCCCAUGCUCCAGCCAGCCCAGUUCCUCCCUUACUGCUUUAUUUAGCCUGGAGAAGAAUUAUUCUUCUGGUGUUCAAGUGAGGAAAGCUGUGGGAAUGAGUCUGCUGAAUGGCAGUUCACCACAUCUGAAAGAUCAUGCUGGGCUUCUGGCCAAGGUCAGGAGACCAUCUCUACACUCUGUCUUAGGUCUUCUGGAGUUAGUGCAAACUCACACAACGUUUCUAACAUACAGAAAUUUUCAGUUGUACAAGUGCAUUCCUUUUUAAUAAAAAAUGUUACUAAGAAUGCAAAGU